AGUGCUGACCUCUACCCACACGAGACGUGCGUAAAGUUUUGGCGUGAAAUCACAUGUGAAUAUUGUUUUGACAAUAAUUUUCAAAUCAAUUGCAAUUGUAAUCACGUUUUAAUUGUCACUUCAAUCGCAAAUCUUGACCAAUAAAAUGGCUGCACAACUGAUGAACUUCGUCGGGAAGUUGGGAGUGGGUCUGGCCAUCGGGGCGUCGGUCAUAAACACCGCUCUCUAUAACGUGGACGGCGGUUCCCGUGCCGUCAUCUUUGACCGAUUCACGGGUGUAAAGCCAACAGUGAUGGGAGAGGGCACUCACUUUCUCAUACCGUGGGUCCAGAGGGCCAUCAUUUACGAUAUCCGUUCCCGACCUCGCAAUGUGCCCGUCAUUACCGGCAGUAAAGAUCUACAGAACGUUCAAAUAACUCUUAGGAUACUCUUCCGUCCCAUUCCUAAAGAGUUGCCCAAACUUUACAUGAGUUUGGGUGAGGAUUACGACGAAAGAGUGUUGCCGUCGAUCACCAACGAAGUGCUGAAAGCCGUUGUGGCUCAGUUCGAUGCGGGAGAACUCAUUACCCAACGAGAGAUUGUCUCACAGAGAGUGUCCGAAGAGUUGACAGAACGGGCCAAUCAGUUCGGUCUCAUUUUGGAUGAUAUAUCUCUGACACAUCUAACUUUUGGCAAAGAGUUUACGGCAGCGGUUGAGUUGAAACAAGUGGCCCAACAGGAGGCAGAGAGGGCUCGCUUUCUGGUGGAGAAAGCGGAACAACACAAGAAGGCGUCGAUCAUCACAGCGGAGGGCGACUCCCAGGCCGCCAGCCUUCUGGCCAAGGCUUUCGAAUCGGGCGAGGCUUUAGUCGAGUUGAGGCGUUUGGAAGCGGCCGAAGACAUCGCUUUACAACUCUCGCGUUCCCGGAAUGUAGUGUAUUUGCCGGCGGGACAAAACACCUUGCUUAGUUUGCCUCAAAUGUAGUGUGAAACUCAAGUUUCUCUUAAAUCUUUUUUAUUAUGUCUAAUGUAUUAGAAAUUUAUUCAAAUUUAUUGGUUAAUAAAUAUUCAGUCAAUUCCUCA